GUCAGUCUGUCAGAGACCGUCUGAGCGCGCACACAUACACAGAGCCCUUCAUACAGUCUCUGGGGCACACGCGCGCACUGACGCGCACAGACACGCUGGCUCGCUCUGUCGGAACAUAGAAGAUAGGAGAGGAAAGGGAAGCGGAGAGCUCCCAUUUAUUUGCCCCCAACUUCCCUCUUUGCGUCUACUUGUGUCUUUCUGAUUCUUCUUAUCCACCAAUGCAAGGAUUUUAUUACUCUUAUUACUGCCACUGCUGUCCCGAACUAAGGGAAACAACUUUAAGGACCAGACGGGAGUAUGUAAAAUAAUUCUUACUGCUGAACAAAACAAGAAGAAAAAGAAGGAAGAGAUGGAUAAACGGAGUAAUUCUGGCGUUUGGCUGGCAGCUUUCUUCUACUUUGUACUUUGGGGACACACUGAUGGACAAUUCUUUCCAGGUGGCUGUACAUUUGAGGAGUCAUAUAGCAGCUGUGGAUACAGUGUUUCUCUGGGAACCAAUGGUUUUACCUGGGAACAAGUCAACUCCUGGGAAAAGCCCACCAUGGAUCCUGCACUACCUACUGCUCUACAUAUUCAGCUGUCUCCAUACUAUGACGUCUAUAACUUCUAUAGUUCUAUGACUGCAGACGUGAAUGGAGGUGCUCAGGGUAACCCAGUGUGGAAUGCCUCUGAUACUGUCACUGAAGGUUGGGUGAAAGCUGAAUUGGCUAUUUCUACAUUCUGGCCCAACUCCUAUCAGGUAAUAUUUGAAGCCGUUUCAGUCCAAGGCCACCCAGGCUUCAUCGCCAUUGAUGACAUACGAGUUCUGGCUCACCCAUGCCGUAAAGCCCCACACUUUCUACGCCUGCAGAAUGUGGAGGUAAAUGUGGGUCAGAAUGCUACUUUUCAGUGUACUGCUGGAGGGAAGUGGUCUCAGCAUGAUAAACUCUGGCUGCAGCAAUGGAAUGGUAAAGACACAGCCCUGAUGGUGACCAGGGUGGUGAACCACAGACGUUUUUCUGCGACCGUUAGCGUUGGCGACACAUCUCAGCGCAGCACAAGCCGCUACCGGUGUGUCAUCCGAUCAGACGGUGGAUCUGGGGUGUCCAACUACGCUGACCUCAUUGUUAAAGCUCCACCCACUCCCAUUGCACCUCCUGAGCUUCUUUCUGUUGGUGCUACUUACCUUUGGAUCAAACCCAAUGCCAACAGCAUCAUUGGUGAUGGGCCAAUAAUCCUGAAGGAAGUGGAGUACCGGACCACUUCAGGGAACUGGGUAGAGACCCAUGUGGUUGACUCCCCUACAUAUAAACUGUGGCAUCUGGACCCAGAUGUAGAAUAUGAGAUCAAGGUCCUGCUUUCCAGACCUGGAGAGGGAGGAACAGGACCCCCAGGUCCACCACUGGUAACCAGGACCAAAUGUGCGGAUCCAGUUCACGGUCCUCAAAAUGUCAAUGUGGUGGAUGUCAGAGCCCGCCAGCUGACAGUACAAUGGGAGACUUUUGGGUAUGCUGUGACACGCUGCCACAGCUACAAUCUGACGGUGCAGUACCAGUACGUGUUCAACCAGCAGGAGUUUGUAGCUGAAGAAUUAAUCCAAACAUCAUCACAUUACACUUUGAGGGGACUGAGGCCAUUUGUGACCGUUAGGCUGCGGCUUGUCCUGGCCAACCCUGAGGGCAGCAAGGAGAGUGAAGAGAUAGUCAAACAGACGGAGGAGGAUGUUCCUGGAUCAGUGCCUAUGGAAUCUCUGCAGAAUACGCCAUAUGAAGAAAAGAUCUUCAUGCAGUGGAAAGCUCCCAACGAGACCAAUGGAAUCAUCAAAUUGUAUGAGAUUACCUAUAAGGCACUGAGCUCCUUGGACCCCAGUGCUGAUCUGACAACCCAGCGGGGACAAGUUUUCAAGCAGAGGAAUGAGACCCACCAUCUGUUUGUUGGGCUGUACCCGGGAACCACCUACUUCUUCACCCUUAAAGCAUCUACAAACAAGGGCUUUGGUCCGCCUGUCACUACCCGCAUAACCACCAAGAUUGCAGCCCCCAUGAUGCCAGAGUAUGAGUCAGAGUCUCCACUUAAUGAGACCGAGACAACCAUCACUAUCCUGCUGAAACCUGCCCAGUCCCGCGGAGCACCUAUCAGCUCCUACCAGCUUGUUGUGAAGGAGGUGCGCAAGUCCAAGACCCGCCGUGCCGCUUCUGAAGCCCCCGAGUGUUUUUCUGUCCCAGUGAGCUUCCGCAAUGCCUCCAUCUUGGACUCACCCUAUUACAUUGCUGCUGAAUUACCACCGUCCAGCCUCACGGUGGUACAGCCCUUCACUGUGGGGGACAACAAGAGCUAUGGUGGUUUCUGGAACCCUCCGCUGUCACCUGCCAAGAGCUACAGCAUCUACUAUCAGGCAAUGAGCAGAGCCAAUGGGGAAACCAAAAUCAACUGUGUCCGCUUGGCUAACAAAGGUGCAUCAACGCAGGACUCUGAUGCUAUGGAGCCAGAGAAACAGGUGGACAGCACAGUUAAAAUGGCUGGCGUGAUUGCUGGGAUUCUUAUGUUCAUCAUCAUCCUUCUUGGAGUUGUUCUCACCUUCAAACGCAGAAGACAUGCUUAUUCCUACUCUUAUUACCUAAAGUUGGCAAAAAAGCAGAAGGAAACUGCUAGCAGCUCCACUCAGCAGAGGGAGAUGGGUCCAGUCACCACAGCUGAUAAGAGCACCACUAAAGUCAGCACCUUACACAAAGAUGACCCCUUUUCCACCUCCAACCAGGACCUCAAUGGGUUCAAUAGUAGCCAGCCUUCCCUUUCCCAGCCCUCUUUGACCCUGCAGAGUUUUCCCUAUGGAGGAUGCGAGUCGGUGGAGAUCUCCUACCAGAGUGGUCAGUUCCAAGCAGGCCAGUUUCAACCAGCUAUUCGAGUAGCAGACCUCCUCCAACACAUCACCCAGAUGAAAUGUGGCCAAGGCUAUGGUUUUAAGGAGGAAUAUGAGGCCCUGGCAGAGGGACAGACAGCACCCUGGGAAACAGCCAAGAAGGAUGAGAACCGCAACAAGAAUCGCUAUGGCAACAUCAUCGCUUACGAUCACACCAGAGUCCGACUGCAGUUGCUGGAUGGAGACCCCCACUCUGACUACAUCAAUGCCAAUUAUAUUGACGGGUACCAUAGACCCAGACAUUACAUCGCCACACAAGGGCCCAUGCAAGAGACGGUGAGGGAUUUCUGGAGAAUGGUGUGGCAGGAGAAUUCGGCCUCUAUCGUCAUGGUUACAAACCUUGUGGAAGUGGGAAGGGUGAAGUGUGUUCGUUACUGGCCUGAUGAGACAGAGGUGUACGGAGACAUCAAGGUGACCCUCAUAGAGACUGAACCACUGGCGGAAUAUGUCAUACGGACGUUCACUGUUCAAAAGAAGGGCCAUCAUGAGAUCCGUGAACUCCGUCAGUUUCAUUUCACCAGCUGGCCCGACCACGGCGUUCCGUGUUAUGCCACAGGACUGCUUGGCUUCAUACGACAGGUCAAGUUCCUCAACCCUCCAGAUGCCGGACCCAUAGUGGUACACUGCAGUGCCGGUGCAGGGAGAACAGGCUGUUUCAUUGCAGUGGACAUCAUGUUAGACAUGGCGGAGAAUGAAGGUGUGGUGGACAUUUUCAACUGCAUCCGAGAACUAAGGUCACAACGAGUCAACAUGGUUCAGACAGAGGAGCAGUAUGUGUUUGUUCACGAUGCCAUCUUGGAAGCAUGUCUGUGUGGAAACACAGCCAUACCAGUGUGUGAGUUCAGAGCCAUUUACUACAACAUCAGCAGGUUGGACCCACAGACCAACUCCAGCCAGAUCAAAGAUGAGUUCCAGACUCUAAACAUAGUGACCCCUAGAGUUCGUCCAGAGGACUGCAGUGUGGGUUUGCUACCCAGAAACCACGACAAGAACCGCAGUAUGGAUGUUCUACCAGCAGACCGAUGCCUUCCUUUUCUGAUUUCUGUGGAUGGAGAGAGCUCCAAUUACAUUAAUGCUGCAUUAAUGGAUAGCCACAAACAGCCAGCGGCCUUCAUAGUUACUCAGCAUCCUUUGCCCAACACCAUGGGUGACUUCUGGAGGUUGGUGUUUGACUACAACUGCUCCUCCAUUGUAAUGCUCAAUGAAAUGGAUGCAGCACAGUUAUGUAUGCAGUACUGGCCAGAAAAAAAUUCAUGUUGCUACGGCCCUAUUCAAGUGGAGUUCAUAUCUGCAGACAUCGACGAGGAUAUCAUCAACCGAAUCUUCAGGAUCUGCAACAUGGCUAGGCCACAAGAUGGUUACCGCCUGGUGCAGCACUUCCAGUUUAUUGGCUGGCCAGCCUACAGGGACACACCUCUCUCCAAGCGCUCCAUCCUGCAGUUGGUCAGGAGAUUGGCUAAGUGGCAGGAACAAUAUGACGGAGGAGACGGGAGGACUGUGGUACACUGCCUAACUGGUGGUGGACGUUCUGGAACUUUCUGUGCCAUCUGCAGCAUCAAUGAGAUGAUCCAGCAGCAGAAUAUUGUAGAUGUUUUCCACACUGUUAAAACCCUGAGGAACAACAAGACUAACAUGGUGGAGACUAUGGAACAGUAUAAAUUCUGCUAUGAAGUGGCUCUGGAAGCGCUCAACUCCUUCUGAUUGGGUGUGGGCUAAACAUCUCUAUUCCCAAUCGGCCAUUUGUCGAUGCCUGCCAUUCUCAACGCAACACUGGGAAACACGGAGGGCAAUACUGCUUUGUGUUGACCUGAAUCCGACUGACUGAGCGUGCCUGUGUGUGUGGGUGUGUGCGCGCACGUGUGUGUGCUUGUAUUUGAGUGCAUAUGCACGUGGCUGUGUGUGAGGGCAUGCUUGCAUAUUUGAGGAAGUCUUUAUCUAUAUGCGUGCCUGCAACAACACACACAACAAACCUGUACAGAAGAGGGAAAAGGCAACAAACAUGCACACUGGUGAUUUUAAUGUCUGUUUGCUUCAGCAAGACUGGGGACUUUAUAUGCUUGUACAAAGAAAAAAAAAUAUGGUAAACAAAAAACAAAUGUUUAAAAGACGCACCACUUUUACUCCUCUAUUUCUCUGUCCUCUCUGCUGGGCUGUGAUGUGACUAUUGUACAGUAUUUCCUUUUUAGAUAUAUUCUACGCCUUGAAUGUUGUCUCCCUCUGAAGGCUGGAUGCCCACUGGAAGAUUUUUUUUGGUAACUCUCAAAGGGAACGGAAAUGUACGUUUCUUUUGACCAUGACUCACUCAGCUUAGUUAACGCUUUUUUUUUUCCUUCAAAUUACAUGCUGAUUCCCUUUUGCCAAGUUAAAAGUUCGUUUGAAUUAUACUCGUAAUUCUGUAAUUGGCCUGAAAAGAAAAUAUGUUAGCAUGGUUGUAUCUUUUUUAUAGUUUUAUUUUC